ACCCGUUACCCGACACGUCGGGUAACAUUUCGGGAAACGGGUAUCGAAUACCCGCCUGGGUAACGCGGACCUGACCCGCCGGGUAAUAUCCCGGAAUCCGGAUACCCGACCCGCCCAAAAAGCGGAUCCGGGUCCCGGGUACCCGACCCGAGCAGGUAUUUUGCUCAAGCCUAGACUGAAGGGUUGAAAAGGGACGAUGCGAUGGUGUUGUCCCUGUAGUGUCUGCUUCUGUUGCUGCUUUUCGCGGUGCUGCUCCUGUUGUUGCUCCUGCUGCUGUUGCUGCUGCCCAAGACUUGCCCCCGUGGAGUCUUGCUGCCAAUCGUGACACACUCAUUUCGUCAGCACUAAUGCGACAGGCGUUGUUCCAAAACUGGAGUGCGGCCAACGACCCGAAUCCCGCCCUUGCCGCAUGGAAUGCUAACCACAACGCGUGGGCGGCUGGUCUGGGUACCGCUGUGGAGGCAGGAGGGGCAAAGACGAGCAAGAAAUGGCAGGAAGAAGCUGGGGAGAAGUGGAGGGAAGAGGAGUAUGCAGAGGAAGAGGAGAGAAGAGCAGAGGAGCAGGGAGAGGAGCCAGAGGAAGAGGGAGAAAGAGGGGAUGACACGGAGGAGGGGGGUGAGAGGCGAGGUGGGAUGGGAUGGAUGGCAGUGCCGCUGCCUGGGUGGGAGGAGUGGGAGGGGGUGCCAGCACAGCACCGAGCGUGGGCUGCACAUGGUGCCAGAGCUGCAUCCAUUGCUCAAGACGCAAGUGCUGGUCGUGUUGGUUCUCAUGCAAAGCGUCCUAUCCCUUCCCCUUCUCCUGCUGCCGCUGCUGCUGCUGCUGCUGGUGCCGCUCCUGGUGCCGCUCCUGGUGCCGCUCCUGGUACAGCUGCUAAUCUGAACCCGACUGGCUUGUUCGCUCAAGGGGUGCGGCUGGGAGGUUGCUCAGCAGCCGAAGCGCACCCAGGCAGCUGCAAGGGAGAUGGAGAGGAGCAACGGCCCAAGACCCUGCAGCGCUGGGGCUUGAGUGGUGUGGUUCAGGAAAUGGGGAGGGGCGACAACGGGCAGCGCAGCGAGGAUAGGGCUCUCCGAUCCAGGCGGGUGGGAGAGGGAGAGGCAUUGUGGGAGAGAGCGUGUGAGGUUGAGUGUAUGCGCCAGUCUCGGACCAGUCGUUUCAUUGGUCAUUCUGAAGCUGCUGCCCCCCCUGCUGCUUGGUUGGGCGCUGCUGCUGCUGCUGCUGCUGCUUCCAUGGCUCCUGCUCCUCCUGCGUCGCUUGUCGCUCGUCCUGCUGCCCCUGCUCGUCCUGCUGGAGUGAGGGCCCGUGCUCUCGGCAGUGACACUGGUGUCACCACAGCAGUUGGCCUGUGUGGACCCUUGUCUGCUGCACCUGCUCUUGACGCCUUUCUGCACCAGGAGCCGCCUGCCAGGCUGGUGUGCCCGCUGGGAGGCACUGGAAGAGGAAGCGGAAGGGGAAGCGGAAGAGGAAGCGGAAGGGGAAGCUUCUGGGGAGGUGCUGUCACGGAUGCUGUUGUCAGUACUGCUGGCCUGAGCCCAGCUGCUGCUGCUUUCCCCCCUGCUGCUGCUGGGGAUGCUGAGGUUGCUGCGGCUGCUUUUGCUGCUGCUGCUGCUGCUGCUGCUGCGGCUGCUACGACUGUUGGUUCAGUUCCAGCGGAGAGCCCUGCACAGAGCAGCCAUGCACUGCACACGGAGGAUAAGGGUGUCUAUCUCUGGAUGCGCAGAGGAGGGGGGACGACAGGGGGCAGCUUGACUAGGGCAGAAGUGUUGGAUGUGAGGGAGCAGCACCUCCGAAGAGUUGAGGAGGAGGAGAGGAGUGAGGGGAGUGAUCCUCAGAAGAGAGAGAGAGAUGGAAGGUCGGACAGUGCUGCUGCAGUGGACCUGACUUUGAGGCUUUGAAGUGUGGCACAUAGGGCAGUCUACGAUGCACCUGUGUUACCACUGCCACUGCAAGUAUUGACGGCACCCUGCACACAGAGUGCUGUACAGCGGGUUAUGUUUCAAGGGUUUGAAGUGCACACACAUUGUUUGCUGCCACGCGUGGACAUCUGGUAGUGUGUUGUAACAAGAUUCCAAGCAACAUUGAGAUACAUGCAUUUAUAGGAUCCAAUUGUUG